CACAAAAUCAUGUUUGACGGAGAACGAAGAGGUUUUCUUCCCCAACCAAAGUGGUUGGUUAAGGGAUUUCGUGAAGCAGUCUGAGCAGUGGUCUCCACAAUGUUCAUUUUGAUGGACAUGGGAGCGCAGAAGGGGCAUAAGCUCGAUUGGAUUUUAGCUAAUGAGCGGUGGCUUGAUCUGUUUGAUGACAAUAGUGUUAUUUCUCAUGCUAUUUUUGAAAAUCAAAUUUUCGGAACAACAAGGAUGGUGGAAAGUUUUCAAGUUCGAUAAUGUGUAGGCCCAAGAAGAGGAGAUCGGCCGAAUUCAAUCCCAGAAAAAGAAAAACUGCCUCAUGGAGAAAAUCUGAGGAAGAUGGCAAGGGAAUUGAAAUUUGAAGGGGUUGUUUUUUCAGAUGCAAAACAAUCUAAACUAACAGAGGUGUCCAGGGGUGGCUACAAUGAUCAUAAUACUGUUCAAGCAGUGGUUGAACCAAAUCAGAAGCUUUCGAAUCCACCAAAACACUAUAUUCAUGUCAGAGCGAGAGGGGGGCAAGCUACUGAUGGUCAUAGUCUUGCAGAAAGAGUGGCUGUUGCUUUACAAAAGGCUGCCCUUUCGGAUGAGUAUUUUGUUAAGAGAAAGCUGUAUCCAAAUGUGGACUUCUAUUCUGGGUUAAUAUAUAGGGCUAUGGGAUUCCCUCCAGAGUUCUUCACUGUUCCUUUUGCAAUUCCAUGAAUGGCAGAGUAUUUAUCUCACUGGCAUGAUUCCUUGGAUGAUCCCGAUACAAAGAUAAUGUGACUUGCCCAGCACGAAUCUGCUCAGAAGUGUUCAAGAAAUCAUCUCCUUAUAGCACCAAUUAGUUCAAAAGCUUCACCACUCUAUCCCCUGCAGUACCAUGGCCAACAUUAGCAAAAGAGAAUUUGAUGUUCUUGAUCUAUCUGGCCAAAAAUAUUUGGAAUGAAAAGUUGAUGCUUUAGCACAUUUAAUUUGAAGGCUAAUGGUCUUGAAGACACUAUUGAGGCAAAUAAGCCGUCAACUGCCCAAGACAAAGCGAAAGCUAUUAUUUUCCUCUGUCACCAUCUCCAUGAAAGUCUCAAAUCUGAAUAUCUUUUGGUUGAUGAUCCAAAAGAAUUAUGGGACAAUUUACAGGAGAGGUAUAGCCACCAGCAAAAGGUCCUUUUGCCUAAAGCUCAAUAUGACUGGAUCAAUCUAAGAUUUCAGGACUUUAAAUCUAUCAGUGACUAUAAUUCUACUAUGUUCCAAAUAACAUCCAAACUAAAGUUAUGUGGGCAAAAAGUCACUGAUGCUGAUAUGUUGGAGAAAACCUUUUCUACAAUGCAUAUUUCUAAUAUGCUACUACAACAGCAAUACAGAGAAAAGGG